CUUCGGGGGCGCUACUGCCCUCCCGACGUGGUAGAGCCGGUUCCCGGCCGCGCCCCUCCCCGCCGGGGUGUCCUGCCCUCCGGGGGCCCCGGUCCCCAAGGUGGUCGCGGCUACGGCAUUCUCAGGCCAGGCCGCGGGGGGAGGGGGCGGCCUGGAGGCAGUGGCGGGGUCAGCACGGGCAACCGCAAGCAGGGCCAUGGAGCCCAGGGAGUCGGGGAAGGGCCAACUAUUGCCAACCCGGAGCUCUUCUAUAAGUUGGAGCGAGGGCCAGAGCCAUGGCUAUGCAGUGCCCAGGGCCAGAGGACUGUCCCGAACCGCCACCCAGGGGCAGCGGGGCAGCAGAGGUGGGCCCCGGGGUGCUGGGGGUCUGAAAGAAGAGAAUUCCAAGCAGAGCCCGCUGCUUUCACAUUUGAAACAGGGAGAGGCUUCCUGGGAGGCAGUGGCUCUAACUACAGGACUUCAGACCAAAUUCCACUGGUCUCUUUUCUCUGAAAGGAAAAGCCAGAUGGGCUGCGUGGAAGAAGUGGAUGGGCAGAGUCCGGCCACAGAAGCUGGACUGUACCUGCCGCCUCAGAAGAAAGCCUGUCUUUCCCACUUUGGCACGGAGCGUGGCAACACUGAGGGAGACUGUGCAGGAAAAAGCAAAAAACCCCUGAAACCCCGGUCGAUCCAGAAGGCUUGGUUUACACAGUUCCCGUGGUUGGUCAUGAACAAGGAGCAGACAGCUCUUUUUUGCUCUGCUUGCCGAGAAUACCCAUCUGUCAGGGACAAACGGUCAAGGUUAGUAGAAGGCUAUACAGGACCUUUCAAGGUGGAGACGCUCAAAUACCAUGCCAAGAGCAAAGCCCACCUGUUCUGCGUCAGUGCCUUGGCAGCGCGGGACCCCAUCUGGGCAGCCCGUUUCCGGAGCAUCCGAGAUGAAUCCGGAGAUGUUCUGGCCAGCCCGGAGCACCUCUUCACUGCAGAUUACCCCAUAUUGUACCCCCCCGGGCCUCUGGGAGCCUAUGAGAACAUGGCCCAGCUCCUGCCCAGCUCCAGGCCGGAACUGGAGGACCCUGGAGGGGAUGGAACGAUUCCUGCCUUGUAUCUAGACUCCAUUUCUGAAUUGAGGCAAAAAGAAAUUGCUGAUGGUGUCCACAGCGCCUCUCGCGUUAACAUUUUGUGUCAUGACGCUGCCGAAUGCCGCGGCCAGGAUCCUUCUGCAGCGGGGCUGCCUGAGGAGCCCCCGGUGGUGUUCGAGGAUGUGGCGGUGUAUUUCACCCGGGAGGAGUGGGGCACGCUAGUCACGCGGCAGAAGGAGCUGUACAGAGACGUGAUGCGGCUGAACUAUGAGCUGCUGGCUUCCCUGGAGCCUGCUGCUGCUAAACCAGACUUGAUCUCGAAGCUGGAACGUCGGGCUGCGCCCUGGAUCAGGGACCCAAGCGGGCCCAAGUGGGGGAAAGGACGUCCUCCAGGGAAGAAGAAGAAGGGCGCCGGAAGAGAGGCAGACACACAAGCCUUGGCUGUAGAAUCCACACCGCUUCCGGCCCCGUCAGUGGACACCUGCAGUUCCUCCUGUGAUUCCAGCCUUUGUGAAGUCGAAGCAGGUGGACCCAGGAAAAUCAAGAGGACUUACAGGCCCCGUUCAAUACAGAGGUCGUGGUUUGGGCAGUUCCCGUGGUUAGUAAUCGACCCCGAAGAGACCAGGCUCUUCUGUUCAGCCUGCAAAGAAAGGCCUAGUCUCCACGACAAAUCAUCCCGGUUAGUCCGCGGUUACACGGGGCCUUUUAAAGUGGAGACUCUGAAAUACCACGAGGUCAGCAAAGCACACAAGCUCUGCGUCAACACGGCAGAAAUCAAGGACGACACCCCUCAGGCUGCGCUGGUCCCAGAGAUCUCCAGUGACCUGAUGGCGAACAUGGAGCACUUCUUCAACGCCGCCUACUCCAUCGCGUACCACUCGAGGCCCCUGAAUGACUUCGAGAAGAUUCUGCAGCUCCUCCAAAGCACCGGGACCAUGAUCUUGGGCAAGUACCGCAAUCGCACUGCGUGCACGCAGUUCAUCAAAUACAUCUCCGAGACCCUCAAGAAGGAGAUCCUCGCGGACGUCCGCAGCUCCCCUUGCGUGAGCGUGCUGCUGGACAGCUCCACGGACGCCGCCGACCAGUCCUGCGUGGGCAUUUAUAUCCGCUACCUGAAGGGGCUGGAGGUGAAAGAGUCGUACAUCACUCUGGCCCCCCUCUACAGUGAGACGGUGGACGGAUACUUUGAGACCAUCAUCUCUGCCCUGGAUGAACUGGACAUCCCCUUCCGGAAGCCUGGCUGGGUGGUGGGCCUGGGAACCGACGGCUCGACCAUGCUCAGCUGCAGAGGGGGCCUGGUGGAAAAGUUCCAGGAGGUCAUACCCCAGCUGCUGCCUGUCCACUGCGUCGCCCACCAGCUGCACCUGGCUGUGGUUGACGCGUGUGGGGGCAUCGAUCUGGUGAAGAAGUGUGACCGGCACAUCCGGACUGUCUUCAAGUUUUAUCAGUCCUCCAAUAAGAGGCUGAAUGAGCUGCAGGAGGGCGCGGCCCCCCUAGAGCAGGAAAUCCUCCGCCUGAAGGACCUCAACGCCGUCAGGUGGGUGGCCAGCAAGAGGAGCACGCUGAACGCGCUCAUCGUGAGCUGGCCGGCGCUGGCCAGGCACCUCCAGGGUGUGGCGGAGGCCGGGGGCCAGGUCGGGCACAGGGCCAAAGGCCUGCUGAAGCUGAUGAAAAGCUUCCAUUUGGUCAAGUUCUGCCACUUCCUUUUGGACUUCCUGAGCAUCUACAGGCCUCUGUCCGAGGUGUGCCGGAAGGAGGUCGUGCUGAUUACGGAGGUGAACUCCGCACUGGGACGGGCCUACGUUGCCCUGGAGACCCUCCGUCACCAGGCAGGGCCCAAAGAGGAAGAGUUCAAUGCCGGCUUCCAGGACGGGCGGCUCCAUGGCGUCUUCCUGGACAGGGUGGAGAUGGUAGAGCAGCGGUUCCAGGCGGACAGGGAGAGGAUGAUCCUGACCGGAAUCCAGUACCUCCAGCAGAGGUUUGACACGGACCGGCCCCCGCAGCUCAAGAACAUGGAGGUGUUUGACACCAUGGCCUGGCCCAGUGGGCUUGACCUUGCCAGUUUCGGGAACGAAGACAUCGUUGCCCUCGCCAGGUACUUCGCGCGCUCGCUCCCCGCGGGGUACAGCGAGCGCGCGCUCCUAGAGGAGUGGCUGGGCCUGAAAGCCGCCGCCAGGAACCUCCCGUUCUCCAUGCUGUGUAAGAACGCCCUGGCCCAGCACCUCCGCUUUCCCUUGCUGAGCAGGCUCGUGGCGGUGGUGGCCUGUGUGCCCGUCUCUACCUCCUGCUGCGAGCGGGGGUUCAGUGCCAUGAACCGGAUCCGGACCGACGAGAGGACCAAGCUCUCCAAUGAGGUGAUCAACAUGCUCAUGAUGACGGCAGUGAACGGGGUGGCGGUCACGGAGUAUGACCCGCAGCCUGCCAUCCAGCACUGGUACCUGACCUCCUCGGGCCGGCGUUUCAGCCACGUCUACACUUGUGCCCGAGCGCCGCCCCGCUCCCGUGCAGGAACAGGACUCCGGAAGGAGAAGAUGGGGGCGCUCUACGUGGAGGAGGCCAUGACCCGGAAGCCACCCCUUCCACCCUACCAGGAGCCGGCAGAGAUCCUGAAGGACUGCAUUGCAGACCCUCCUGGCAGACUCCUGUACCCCCAAACCAGCCAAGAGGCCCCCGAGCUGUCCUGACGAAGAGAGCUCACGUUGGAGCAAGAAUCCUAGGGAUUGCCUUACCCCUUGGAAUCAUGGUGACGGGCUCUCUGCAGAAUCAAGGCGGCCCUAGAGCCUUCGCCUGGUGGGGGGCUCUCCAAGGAAGUGGGCAGGGACAAGAGUGAAGCCUCCCUCCCCCAAAGGCAGGGUAAUCAGGAGCACAGCCCCGCUUCCCAAGGCCGUCUCUGAGCAGCGGUGACCUCCUGGCACUGAAAUAUGCAGAUCCUGGCUCAGAUUCAUUUCUUAAGGUGCUUCAGGAAACUAUCCCAUCAGGAAAGAUUCCACCACGUGAUCCGGGAGCAAGAGGACUUCUCUGAAGUGGGAGAGAGACUGUUGGGGGUGGGGGCUUCCCUGGAUGGUUGGGGAGCAUUCUGGGGAGGCUGACCACAGCCUCGGGGGCCUGGAGGAGGCUCUGUGAGGGAAGAGGAUGGCCAGGCUCUCGGGACCACAGCCCGGCACUGGGGUCUGUCACCCUCGCUCCAUGGCGGAAGCAGGGAAGCUUCAACCACAGAUGGGAGACUUGCACCGAGAAUUUCUCCACCUCCUCCAGGGCCUCCCUCAGGAGAGGCAAGCAAAACCCUCUCCACGGAGCACUUCGGAGAGGUCAUCCACACCCAGCCCCGGGACGAUGGAGGGAAGUCUUUCCCAGAGGGAAGUCUUUCCCGGAGGGAGCCUGCUGCUUCCCGGCGGUGGCCGCACUUGUGUUUGACCUGAGCCGGUGUCCGGAGAAGCAGGCACAUCCAUGCUUUCCCCUGGGAGGCUUGGGCUCCAGCCCCAGCUUUGCUGCAGGCGGACGUGCAACCAGAAUGAAUCCCUUCCUCUUCCCUGUGCCUCAGUUUCCCUCUCCCAGACAUGGCAGCAGAGAAUUCAAGUGCUUGCUGGCUCCAGCUCUGCCACUGGGCCGAUGAGUGACAGCACCUCGAGCUCCCUGGAAGUCAGACCUCAGGCUGCAUGGAGCGGACGGAGCUGCCUUCAGGUGUCGGUCAGCCGAGGAUACUCAGGGUGAUUGGCAAGGGGACGUCCUCUCCUCUUCUGGCUUCAAAGAUGCGCAAAUGAGGUUUUAAAAAACCACGUUGGCUUCUCAACUUCUUGCUACCUGAAUAAAGCAGUGCAUUUCGACACA